AUGAAGAAGGUCAAGAAGAAACGAUCAGAGGCCAAACGCCACCGGGACUCCAACUCUCAGCAUGCCAGCUCCAACUCCACGCCACAGCAGCCCAGCCUGGAGAGCACCACCCCUGCCCCGCAGCUGCCUCGCCCGGAGGCCGCUCCCCUGCAACCUCGCCCAGUGUCCGCUCCCCAACAGCCCACGGCCCAGGCGCCUCCAGACCCCGAGAGCCGCCACUCCUCUGGGAGCCUGUUGUCUCCGGACAGUAACGCCAAGCCAGCCCCGCACUCCCGGAAAACGAGCGGACAGCCUUCCAGCUCCGGCAGUUCCCGGAAGUCAGGGCAGCUGACUUGUUCGAGCCCACGUUCCUGCCCCUGUGCUGCUUGCCCGGGCAGCUCUGCUUGCUGGCGACGUCUGGGGCUGUGCCACAGCCGUAUCUUCGAUGUCCUUCUGCCUCGAGACUGGCAGCUCGUGCCAGGGAGAGGAUGCCCAAGCCUCCUCACCUUCUACAGACGACCUUCAAGAAAACACUCAUCCGGACAUCGUAACUCACGUGCUCCAUGCCCUCGGGACUGUGGCUGUGGCUCUGGGGGCCCUGGGAGCUGCCUACUACAUCGCUGAAUCCUUGUGAACAAGCCCCCAGGCCCUCGGUCCGGCAGAUCCACUUUCCAUCUACGGAUCUCACCUGUCACCAAAAUAAAGCCAAAAAAAGAAAAAAAAG